UAGUCAUAUCCCGAUAUGACCGUGUCGCGACAGAACGACUCUCUCCGCCGCUCAGCCGCGCCCCUGGGCGGUUCCGCCCGGCCGGCAGGGGGCGCGCUGGCUCCGCGCGGCGCUCCGGCCGCGCCGCUCGGUGGUGGCGGCGGGGGCGGGGCCGGGCGGCGGCGGAAGCGGCGGCGGGGACGGGCCGGGCCGGGCUGGGACGGGCGGAGCGUCCUGAGGCUCCCGAGGCUCCCGCCGCCCCCGCUGCAGCUCCCGCCGCCCGCACACCGGCUCCCCGCCGCCCCCGGGCCAGGCACCGGCACCAUGUCGGUGGCGGGGCUGAAGAAGCAGUUCUACAAGGCGACCCAGCUGGUCAGCGAGAAGGUCGGAGGGGCCGAAGGGACCAAGUUAGAUGAUGACUUCAAGGAGAUGGAAAAGAAAGUGGACGUGACCAGCAAGGCUGUCACAGAAGUACUGACCAGAACCAUAGAGUACCUCCAGCCCAACCCAGCUUCCAGAGCCAAGCUCACCAUGCUCAACACGAUGUCCAAGAUCCGCGGGCAGGUGAAGAACCCCGGCUACCCCCAGUCUGAGGGGCUGCUGGGGGAGUGCAUGAUCCGCUAUGGGAAGGAGCUGGGAGAGGAUUCCAACUUUGGGGACGCGCUCCUCGACGCCGGCGAAUCCAUGAAGCGCCUGGCGGAGGUGAAGGACUCGCUGGACAUCGAGGUCAAACAAAACUUCAUCGACCCCCUGCAGAACCUGUGUGACAAGGACCUGAAAGAGAUCCAGCACCACCUGAAGAAGCUGGAGGGGAGGCGCCUGGACUUCGACUACAAGAAGAAGCGCCAGGGCAAGAUCCCUGAUGAGGAGCUGAGGCAGGCCAUGGAGAAGUUCGAGGAGUCCAAGGAAGUGGCAGAGACCAGCAUGCACAACCUCCUGGAGACAGAUAUCGAGCAGGUGAGCCAGCUGUCAGCCCUGGUGGACGCCCAGCUGGAUUACCACAGGCAGGCUGUGCAGACUGACGAGCUGGCCGAGAAGCUCAAGCGCAGGAUGAGGGAGGCCUCCUCACGCCCCAAGAGGGAAUACAAACCCAAGCCCAGGGAGACGUACGACUUCAGGGAGCCUGACCAGUCCAACGGGGGCUUCUCCUGCAACCCCACCCCCAAAGUCUCAGCUUCCGCCUCUUUCCGGUCGGACAAGCCGUCCCGGGCCUCCGUCAGGAGUAUCCCCCCCCUGGACCAGCCCUGCUGCAAAGCCCUCUACGACUUCGAGCCCGAGAACGACGGCGAGCUGGGCUUCAAGGAGGGCGACAUCAUCACCCUGACGAACCAGAUCGACGAGAACUGGUACGAGGGCAUGAUCCACGGCCAGUCCGGCUUCUUCCCGCUCAACUACGUGGAGGUGCUGGUGCCGCUACCUCAGUGAGCCCCGAGCGUCCCGAGCUCCAUUCCAGCUCCAGCCCCGCCUCCCGCCCCGCCUCGGGGCCGGCGCUGCCAGGGAACAAACCAGAAGGGUCCCACGGCCCCUUCCCCCCGUGAAGUUGGUUAUUUUCUUUUUUUUUAUUAUUAUUAUUUUCUUUUUUUUUUUUGUCCUUCUGGUGCUUGAACUUCGGUACUUUGUGCGCCCCCAGCCCCGGCCAUGCUGGUGGCACUGCCCUGGCACUGCCCUGGCACUGCCCUGUCCCUGUCCCUUCCCACUUCCCAUCUUUCCUUUGGGUCCAGCGCCCAGAUGAGGCAGGUGGGAGACUGGGAUGUGUCCUGGGCACACGGGUGGGCAUGUGGCACAGCCCAGGUGUGUCCUGGGCACACGGGUGGGCAGGUGGCACAGCCCAGGUGUGUCCUGGGCACACAGAUGGGCAGGUGGCACAGCCCAGGUGUGUCCUGGGCACAUGGAUGGGCAGGUGGCACAGCCCAGGUGUGUCCUGGGCACAUGGAUGGGCAGGUGGCACAGCCCAGGUGUGUCCUGGGCACAUGGAUGGGGCAGGUGGCACAGCCCAGGUGUGUCCUGGGCACACGGAUGGGGCAGGUGGCACAGCCCAGGUGUGUCCUGGGCACAUGGAUGGGCAGGUGGCACAGCCCAGGUGUGUCCUGGGCACAUGGAUGGGCAGGUGGCACAGCCCAGGUGUGUCCUGGGCACAUGGAUGGGCAGGUGGCACAGCCCAGGUGUGUCCUGGGCACAUGGAUGGGGCAGGUGGCACAGCCCAGGUGUGUCCUGGGCACACGGAUGGGGCAGGUGGCACAGCCCAGGUGUGUCCUGAACACAUGGAUGGGCAGGUGGCACAGCCCAGGUGUGUCCUGGGCACACGGAUGGGGCAGGUGGCACAGCCCAGAUGUGUCCUGGGCACACGGGUGGGCAGGUGGCACAGCCCAGAUGUGUCCUGGGCACACAAAUGGGGCAGGUGGCACAGCCCAGGUGUGUCCUGGGCACACGGAUGGGGCAGGUGGCACAGCCCAGGUGUGUCCUGAACACAUGGACGGGCAGGUGGCACAGCCCAGGUGUGUCCUGGGCACACGGGUGGGCAGGUGGCACAGCCCAGAUGUGUCCUGGGCACACGGGUGGGCAGGUGGCACAGCCCAGGUGUGUCCUGGGCACACGGGUGGCCCCAGGGCAGGGCAGCCCCACCCUCCUGCCCCAGAAACGCUGCCCCUGAUCGUGGAGGGAUCCCAGAGGGAUCAGGGGAGGGGAGCUGGGGCACAGCAACACUAAAACAGCCAGAGAACACUAAGGCAGCCCUGCAGGGCAGGUGCUGAGCCCUGCCUGGGGCUCGGGGCCAUCCCUGGGGCUCAGAGCCAUCCCUGGGGCUCAGAGCCAUCCCUGCCCAUCCUGAGGGACACUCGGGGUGUCCCCUGCCCCCCUGGCUCCCUCCCCACAGAGCUCAACCCCAUCAGGGGGGCUGCUCCUUCUGCUCGUGGUUCUUUCCUGGACCUCAGGCUUUUCCUGCUCCAAACUCUGCCGUGUCUGUCACACCUGGAGGAUCACCUGGAGGGGGAGGAGCUGGGCCACAGCCCGGGGUGUCCCUGUGCUGGGCAGAGGUUCCUCUGCCUGUUCCCCCUUCCUGGGCAUCCCUCCUGUGGCUGGAGCUCACCUGGCCCUCACGUGCCUUCCCUGCACCCCGCCCUGCCCCAGCAAGGCACCCCUCUGCCCCUGGGGUGCUGGGAAAAGGGAUGGUUCCUCUCAAUGGCACUUCUGCCAGCCCUUCUGCCUCAGCUGAGCUUCUCCUGGCCAGAGGAGGGCACGGGGUUGGCACGGGGCUGCAGGGCAGUGCCUGCUGGGCUCCGUGGUUUCCCUUGCUGCAAAAGUGGGGCUGGGACGGGCCCCAGCCCUGCUGUGUGAGCCCCAGCUCUGCAGGGCUGGGGGAUGAGUCCUGGGCUGUGCCCAGCACCCCUGGCCCUGCUGCACCCCUGUCCUGCAGCUCUGCAGGGCUGUGCCCAGCACCCCUGUCCCUGCAGCUCUGCAGGGCUGUGCUCAGCACCCCUGUCCUGCAGCUCUGCAGGGCUGUGCUCAGCACCCCUGUCCUGCAGCUCUGCAGGGCUGUGCUCAGCACCCCUGUCCUGCAGCUCUGCAGGGCUGUGCUCAGCACCCCUGUCCUGCAGCUCUGCAGGGCUGUGCUCAGCACCCCCAGCCCUGCAGCACCCCCAGCCCUGCUCCUCCUGCUCCUGUCUCUGUAAGGAUUUGGUCCGUGCAUGUCCCCGUGUGUCUGACCCCGAGCAGUGGACCCGGCCCCGGGGGGGCACAGGGCAGCCCCCCCUGCUCCCAGCAGGGCAGGGAGCCCGUGGGACCGGAGUCCUGGGGGUCCUUCCCGCUGUCCCCUCCCUGCUGGGGACACUGGCUCCCGCUCAGGUGGAUUGAAACGCGUUCUGUCAGCUGGGACACCUCGCUAGAUCUUAAUUUUUUGUUUGGUUUUGUUUUGUUUUGUAAUGGUUUCUCCUGGUUUUUAGGGGAAAAAAAAUGAUGACCCACAAUUCUUGACUUGUAUCUCUGAAUGAAAGUAUUAAAUGUUUUCUUCUUUCUAA